UACAGCGAAACAACAACACAUUUUUACCAAUCACUUUAAUUUUAAAUGAAAUUUUGCAAAAUUUUAUUAUAAUUUAAGUAAAGAUAACUUUAAAAUGACCAGUUUUAAGCCCCUGAAUAUAAAGAAAUAUCCAAAGACGGGCCAGGUGGUCACCCCAGACACCGAAUAUUGGAAACGGCUGAGCGUUCCCACUUUGGCCAAGGAGUUUGGUGCUAUAGAUUACAUAGACUUUUCUCCCAUUGAGCCUCACUACUUUGCAGUCACCUGUUCGGUGAGGGUGCAAAUAUACAAUCCCAUCACAAAGUUGGUCGUGAAAAACCUGUCACGUUUUCAAGAAACUGCUUAUGGAGGCACAUUUAGACAGGAUGGUCGCCUAUUGGUGGCUGGCGAUGAGCAGGGAUUAGUGAAAUUAUUUGAUACAUCCAGCAAGAAUGUGUUACGUUUAUUCAAAGGCCAUAAAGCUCCGGUUCAUAGAGUGAACUUUACUUCAGACCUGUUGCAUAUCGUCAGUUUUUCGGAUGAUAAGACAGUGAAAUUGUGGGAUGUGGCUAGCGAAAAAUCCAUUCAUACAUUUGCGGAACAUGAAGAUUACAUACGAGCCGGAACAGUUAAUCCUGUUUCUGCAGAUGUUGUUGUCUCCGGAGGAUAUGAUGGCAAAAUAAAAUUGUAUGACACCCGCACUAGAGAAAUUACAAUGAGUGUAGAUCAUGGCAGUCCCGUAGAAUCUUUAUUAUUCCUACCCACUGGCGGUAUAUUCAUUAGCGCUGGAGGAACUGAGGUUCGAGUGUGGGACGCCUUUGCCGGCUGCCGCCUAUUAACAAAAUUGUCACAGCAUCACAAAACGGUUACCUGUUUGCGUCUGGGAUCGAAUGGCAAACGUAUAAUGUCCGGAGGAUUAGAUCGUCACGUUAAAAUUUAUGAUGUAUCUUCAUACCAGACAGUGCAUACGCUGGAUUUUCCUAACGCUGUGCUAAGUUUAGGCGUGGCUCCCAAUGACCAAACGGUGGUAGCUGGCAUGGUGGACGGUCUGAUUUCGAUUCAAAAUAUGGAAGCCCCAGCUCAGCCUAAGCAAACGAAAUCACGCCGUAGAAUAAAUGUAGUUCCUGCCAGAGCGGACAUAGAGGUGGAUCACCAAAUAACUAUAGAACAAAGACAACGAUUAGAGAAAUACGAUAAACAUCUAAAACGUUAUGAAUACAGCAAGUGUUUAGAUUCGGUGAUGGGCCGAGGCCUUACAUCAAAAUCUCCAGAGAUAAUUGUGAGUGUCAUGCAGGAGUUAAUUCAUAGGAAAGGCAUGCAUCGCGCCCUGGCUCCGCGUGAUGAUAACUCCCUCAUGCAGGUUAUCAGUUUUAUAUGCCGCUAUAUAAGCGAACAUCGGUUUAUGCGAGUACUUAUCGAUGUGGCCACAAUACUGCUAGACGCCUAUGAAGAUAAAAUACAUACAUUCACCGGAGCUUUGGGUAAAAAGUUUUUGGAAUUAUCUUACGUUUUAGAACGUGAAGUUGCUAUGACUUAUGAAUUACUAGAGUUGCAAGGUUCUUUGGAGUUAUUAACCGCCGCCUCAAAUGUGUCCAGCAGUCAAGAUAAUAUGAUUCACUUUGUUCGGGAUGAUAAUAUAGCGUCUAACCUAAAACAAUCUGUCAUGGCAAAGGAGUCUUCAGUUGUGACAGUUUAGAGGUGAAAAAUAUUGCAAAAUUUUACCAAUAUAAUUUUAAUUUGUAAAGAACUAUUUUAUAGUGAACAUACGAGCAUACGUGUGAAUCUAGAUUUAAAUUUGUUAUCAAAUAAACUUAAAUGUAUGGAA